AUGAGUGCGGGCGGAAUCAAAUUCGACCUGGAGAAAUUGAGAAUUCGAAGAAGGGAGCCCGCAUCAGUGCCUUCUUCAUCGCCCGACCAGAGGUUAUAUAAACGCGCCCGGUUGGACGAGGGGGCUGCAUUGUUGGUUGCUUUCUCACUUUUGUCCAUCAUCAUGAAGUCUGUCUUUGCUUUCGCUGCCUUGUUCGCUGCCUACGCCGCCGCACAGACCACCACGUCGUCGGCCGCUCCCCUAUUAGCACUGGCGAUAUUCGCCUGCUGGAUGCACUGGAAUCAUGGAAUUCCAACAAGCCGCCUUGACAUGCCUCCAGUCCCAAUGCCCGAACGAGGUAGCUCUGCUACGGCCUUGCAAUCGCAACUUUGUGGAGCAGCUGGUUCUGGUAGCUCGACCGCCCCUACUGCAUCUGAGACCGAGACCGAGGUCUCUGGUACGGUUUCUUCCUCGGGAACGGCUAGCGUACCUGCUACGGGCACUGCUACCACUCCUGCUGGCACUACUACUCAUACCACAACCCGCCCUACUACUUCUGCCACGAGCCCCAGGCCCACUUCCUCGAGCGCCACUGGCACCCCAACUGGCGCAGCCAAUUCCGCCAGCGCUCCGUUCGAUUUUGCCGCCACUGGUGCCUGGGCUGCUGUUGCUCUCGGAGGUGCUGUCGUUGCCCAGCUUGCUCUCUAA